AUGUUUGAUGGUUUGGAGAGUGUCGUUGACCCAUUCGAUCAUAACCUUUUAAAUUAUAAAAUGUCAGAACUUUGUCCAGCUUACGCGCCAUUCUUUGGUGCCAUGGGAUGCACAGCAGCCAUCGUAUUUACAUCACUCGGCGCUGCAUACGGUACUGCUAAGUCCGGUGUCGGUAUUUCUGCAAUGGGUGUUCUCAGACCAGAUCUCAUGAUGAGAAAUGUUAUUCCAGUUGUCAUGGCUGGUAUUAUUGCUAUUUACGGUUUGGUUGUGUCUGUUCUGAUCAGUGGUGACUUAAAGGCUCCAAUGCCUUUAUACACUGGCUUCAUUCAGCUGGGCGCGGGUUUGUCCGUCGGUUUGGCUGGUCUGGCCGCCGGUUUUGCUAUUGGUAUCGUCGGUGACGCUGGUGUCAGAGGUACUGCCCAGCAGCCUAGAUUAUUCGUUGGAAUGGUUCUUAUCCUCAUUUUUGCUGAAGUUUUGGGUCUUUAUGGACUUAUUGUUGCGCUUAUCCUUAACACUCGCGCAUCAGACACCCCUGGUUGUGACGUGCAAUAA